AUGGAGCUCAAGGUCGCCAGCGAGGCUUCGGCGAAGGGUCUGGUGCACCGCUACGUGACCAUGAUCAGGCAGAACGAGCGCGGGAAGAAGCCGUAUGCCCAGAAGGGUACCGGCAACGCGCGGCGCGGAUCCCGCGUGUCUCCGCUCAUGCCCGGCGGUGGCAUCGUUUUCGGGCCGAAGCCGAGGGACUGGACGGUCAGCAUGAACAAGCGGGAAAAGCAGGUGGCCAUGGCGACAGCCAUCCAGUCGGCGGCCGAGGACUCGAUGGUGGUGGUCGACGGCUUCGCGGCGUGGGAGAGCAUGAAGACGAAGGAACUCGUGCAGAGUCUGGCCAAGGUUGGAGCCGACCCCAUGGCCGAGGCUGUGUACCUGAUCGUGGCGGACUACAACGAGGCGCUUUUCAAGGCUGCGAACAACGUGCAGUACCUGCAAGUUGCGACUGUGGACAACCUGAACGUCUACGACGUCCUGCGGGCCACGAAGCUUGUCGUCGACACCAAAGCACGGGAGAUGCUGCACGAGAAGUAUGCGUGA